AUGGAGGAGUCCUCUUGCAACACGGUGCCCCCGGGGUUCAGGUUCCACCCCACGGAGGAGGAGCUCGUCGGCUACUACCUCGCCCGGAAGGUCUCCUCCCACAAGAUCGACCUCGACAUCAUCCAGGAGGUCGACCUCUACCGGAUCGAGCCGUGGGAUCUUCAAGAGAGGUGCGGCAAGUACGGCGGCGGCGGAGGAGGGCAGGAAGAUCCGACGACGGAGUACUACUUCUUUAGCUACAAGGACCGCAAGUACCCCAGCGGCACGCGCACCAACCGCGCCACGGCCGCCGGCUUCUGGAAGGCCACCGGGAGGGACAAGCCGGUGCUCUCCUCGUCCUCGUCGUCUCCCGCGGCCGUGAUCGGCAUGAGAAAGACGCUUGUCUUCUACCGCGGCCGCGCCCCCAACGGCCGCAAGACCGACUGGAUCAUCCAUGAGUACCGCCUCCAGUCCAACGAGCACGCGCCCACACAGGAGGAAGGGUGGGUGGUGUGCCGCGCGUUCGUGAAGCCGGUGCCCAGCCAGCAGCACAGGCUGUCCUACGGCGGCGGCGGGUACCCGACGAUGAACGGCAGCUACAGCUCCGCCUCCAAUUACUACUACUACGACAACCCUAACGCGCGCCUGAUGGUCGCCGGCGGGGGUCCGCCACAUGAUCAGCAUGUUCUGGCGGCGGAGUCCAAGCAGCAGGUGCAGCUGUUCCCCUCCGACCUGCCGCCGCCACUCCAGAGCCCGACCUUCGACGGCGAGGGCGAGGGCGACAUCUCGCAGAUCAGCGGUGGGUGUAGCAGUGCGGAUCAGCAGCUGGCGGCUGCUGCUGGGACGAUCGACUGGAACCUGUGGAGCAGCUUGCUGCCGUCCACGGCGCCACAGCUCUUCCACGGCCAGACAAUGACGCCGCCGCCGGCAGCCAAUUCGAGCUCCUCCAAGAACACUUAA